UAUAGGUUAACGAUUGAAAAUUGGUAAAAUUCAGAGUAGGUGGAGAGUGUUGGCGGCGGAUUUGAUAUUUUGAAGAAUGGGAAAGAAAGAGAAGAAACAGAAGCACCAACAAAAAGCUUCAGCUUCACGAAGAGGUGACUUUUCAUACAACGCUCAAGACCAUGAAGAAGGUUAUGAAGCUGACUAUAGCUACCCUUCAAGUUUACCCUCCUCUUCUGAUCAAGAACUGCCUCAAAUUUUUGAUAAUGAUGAUGAUGAUGGUCUACAAGAACAAGAUGAUCAAAAUGACCCUCACCCAUCAACAAACAUGCCCUCUAAGUUUCUUCUCUACCAGCAAUCCGUACAGUCACCAAAAGGGGACAUAAGUUAUUUGCAGAAGUUCUUUUUGAUGUAUGUCGGUGGGAGGCAGCCACUUCAUCUUCAAGAAGAUUUUUGUGGCACUGCUUUACUUAGUACAGAAUGGCUCCGGAGUGACUCAAGACGGACCGCUGUGGGUUUGGAUUUGGACCUGGAGGCACUAGAAUGGUGCAUGGAGAAUAAUGUUAACAAAGUUGGCGCUGAUUGUUAUUCCAGAAUAUCCCUUUUUCAUGGGAAUGUUUUGCAACCUCUUGAGGCCAAACUAGUGAGAUGUGACCCUCAAGAGUUGGUAAGGAACAUUACAUUAAAGGAGAAUGACAAUAGUUCUGAGGCUUCCACUUUGGAUUCUGCGAGGCAAGAUGGCUCUACUGCUUCUAGUGAUAACAACUGCUCAAUGAGGACUUAUCCACUGCAGGCAAGAGACAUUGUGUGUGCUUUCAAUUACAGCUGUUGUUGUCUCCACAAACGUGCAGAUUUGGUUUUGUAUUUCAAGCAUGCUCUUGGUGCCCUGUCUAAAAAAGGUGGUAUAUUUGUGAUGGAUUUAUAUGGUGGCACAUCAUCAGAGCAGAAGUUAAGACUCCAGAGGAGAUUUGCCAAUUUUACGUAUGUUUGGGAGCAAGCUGAGUUUGACAUUGUUGAGCGAAAAACAAGAAUUAGCCUCCACUUUCAUCUUCAAAAGCAGCAGAAAAAACUUCGACAUGCAUUUUCAUACAGCUGGAGGCUGUGGUCACUACCGGAGAUUAAGGACUGCUUAGAAGAAGCCGGGUUCCAAUCUGUCCAUUUUUGGCUUCGUGAGAUGCCAGACACGCAAGAAAACAGAAGUACAGAGGGCUUUGGAGUUGCACAAGAUGCGAAGUAUGAAGAGGUUAGAAGUUUUCAACAGAAAGAUGCUUGGAAUGCAUAUAUUGUUGCUGUUGCCUAGUCAAUCCGGAGCUCCUCCUUUGGUAGAACUUCUUAAUGUUGCUGAGACAGUUGCUCCUGUGAGCAAGUGGUUGGUGAAACAAAUACUUUCAAGGCUGUAAACUCUCACGUCUUUUUUUUUUUUUUUUUUGGUUAAUUUCCCUUACAAAUUUUAGGUUUCAAAACUAUAUUUGUAUGAUAACUGUCAUGCAUUCAGGAUUUCUCAAAUUUAUCUUAUAGUCUCUGAAUUUGUAUGCUUCCUUUUUUUCUUUCUAAAAACAGUAUGAACCUUACGGUACAUGGAUAUUAGUAUAGUCAGAAC